ACCUCCCCGCCACAGCUCUUUCUCUUUCUCUUUAUCUUUCUGACCAUGUACGGUAGCCGGAAAGAUAGCUCCGGCAUGCGUACACGUGAACGUGUUAAUUAUCCUCCUUCCCCGUCCGCAAGCUCCUAUUCUACCACCUCAUCCAGAUCCUCAUCGAGCCGGAACCGAGUUAGAACUGCAGCGAGAUCCGUCGCCGGAGUUUUUGUAGCGUGUUUUACACCACCGGAGGAGGAGACACCUCAUCAUAGCAGACAUAGCUCCUCUGCGUUUGGUGGUUCGGAUGCAUUCAGUUCAACAUCAGAUGUUUCAGGGGCUUCAGAUUCAACCGAAGGAAAGAAGCGACAUCGUAGUAUCUACAAUACAGUUCGGAAUGAUUCACCACACUCGAAAGAGCCCGGAAGUGUAAAGUUCAGUAUGGCGGACAUCCAUAAGGCAACAAAGAACUUCUCACCGACUCUAAAAGUUGGACAAGGCGGAUUCGGUACUGUAUAUAAAGGUCAACUUCCAGAUGGAACCCUCGUUGCCGUUAAACGUGCCAAAAAGAGCAUGUACGAUAAGAAUCUAGGAGGCGAGUUCCAGAGUGAAAUUCAAGCGUUAUCAAAGGUGGAGCAUUUGAAUCUGGUGAAAUGUUACGGAUACUUAGAGCAUGAAGAUGAAAGAAUCGUUGUUGUGGAAUACGUUCCUAAUGGGACGCUUCGUGAACACUUAGAAUGUUUCAAUGGCAAUGUUCUUAGUCUCGACUCUCGUUUGGAUAUCGCUAUAGACGUAGCACACGCCAUUACUUACCUCCACACUUAUACAGAUCAUCCUAUAAUUCACAGGGAUAUAAAGUCUUCAAAUAUACUUCUGACUGAAAAACUGCGAGCCAAAGUUGCCGACUUUGGUUUUGCAAGGCUAGCAGCGGAUGCUGAAUCAGGUCGGAGGCCAAUUGAACCCAAACAGGAACUUGAUCAACGCAUCACAGCACGAUGGGCCAUGAAGAGGUAUGCGGAUGGUGUUGCUAUUUCAGUAUUGGAUCCAAGAUUAGAAAAGUCGGAUGCAAAUGGUGUGGCUCUUGACAAGAUUCUGGAACUGGCUUUACAAUGUGUUGCUGCUCAUCGAAGAAACAGGCCGACAAUGAGGAGAUGUGCUGAGGUUUUGUGGAACAUUCGGAAGGAAUACAAACAACUGUUAGUUUGAUUUGAAAAUUCCAAAUUUGUGUAAUUUUGUUAUUUCUUAUUUUUUAUAGAGGUGAAAAAAAUUUGAUGUGAACAAAAUAGAAGUAAGCUCAUAAUUGGAAAGAUGCUUGCUAUGAAGUUGUCUUUUUCUUUGAAUUGGUGUUUUCCACUUUCAACAAAUGGAAAAAAAAAAAACAUUUGCUUCGGGGGUUGCGUUUAGAGCCAGGCGUUUUGUACAUGUGUGUAUGUUUCGUUAAAACUUGU